UGGGCUACAAAUUACUAGUCUACUACUAAUAAUAAUUUAGUAGUAGUAGAUCUAGAGGAUAAUUAAUUAUUUUCAUUGUGUAUUCCUGUGGUGGGAAUCCUAAGUUGUACCACAGUUUAUAAUGGAUGCCCAAAUUCCAAAAGGGAGUCAAUCAAUGACUCCAACAUCAUUACCAAAUAUAGCUUGGUUUGAAUUUAUUUUGAAUGAGAAACUGCUAAAGGAGCAUUUGAGUCAAGAAAACCCAGACCCAACUCCGUGUCAGCUGAUAAUUCAAUUCUUGCAACAAGCUGAAAUAGAAAUGGCUGCAGUUGUUCAGGCAUCCAACAACAUUUCUCCUUUAUCUGUAAACAAAAAUGAAGAAUCAAAAGUAAUUGAGCCUACAAAAAAGGUUAGAGCACUUCGUCUCCUUGCGCUGAAAGUAGGCUGCCAUCUAAAAUGGAAUCUUAUUAAUAUGGAGAAAAGCAUCCCAACGCCAAUCCUCCAGGCUCUGCUGAUACUACUGCUACAAACUUGUGUCCCUAGCGUGAUUGAUAAUAUCCACAACCCUGACCUUGAUGUGAGCACCUUGUCUCCACUGGGGUUGUUUGUUGUCCAUUUGUUUCACCGAUGGUGUGUGAGGAGUGUUGUAAGAGACAGUUUCCCCAGCAAACCCACCAAACAGAGCUACAUGGCCUUACCUGGUCAAAUAGAUCCAAAUAUUGUAAUGGCGCAAGCUACCGAUACAAUUAUUAGAAAGUUUAAAGAGGAGCUGGAGGCAUCCAUCAUCUUGUUAGAAAAUUGCCUGAAUGUCUUGGACUCAACCAGAGCCCAGAUGCCCACAUCAGAUUGUUUUCAGUUGCCACAAGAGGACAGAGAUGAACAGCUGAACUGGGGGAACACUAAACAGGUGGUAGCUGAGGAGAUGAUAUGCCAGAUCUGCUUUGAUAUUGGAGCGGUGUAUUUCUACAAGUCUGAUUACAGGAAAUCUUAUGAGAAGUUCAGACUGUCCAACAUUCUGUACAACCAGCUUACAGAUCCAGUCUACUGUUACAUUGAUCUGAAGAGGCUCCACGGCUACAUGACCAGCUGCAGCAGUCUGCUAGGUGUCACAGCCGACCUGAAAACUACGUCCUUGUUUGACAGGGCUGAGCUGGCUAGGAGGAGAAAUUUCCAAGGAAUUGUUGAGAUCCUGAAUGAAGACAAUCUUAAACAAGAAUUGGACAUGGCGUACCGUGGGAAUCUGCAGGAUGAGAUUUUUAAAAAAGGGUUGUCUGACCUCCACAUCAGAGUUUACCUGUCUAAUGUGAUCAGGUCAGCUUUACAAGGUAAAGCUCUCGUCUCACCUAUCUUGGAAACACUGAAAAAUGCUCAGCAAGAUGUUUUGGCUUUCACUAUUCAGCUUCUAAAAGAUGUGCUUAGAGGAUCAACUGCUAACCAAAAGUCAAACUUAAAGUGUUUUGUUUGGAAUGUCAUAGAACUUCUACCUCCAGAUAGCAGAUUCUCCCGCCAAGUCUUGACCUCCGAGCUGGUCAGUUAUUUUGAUGCAGCUGAGGUGGCAGAGCUGUCAGUUGAUGAAGAUGUCAGGAACAAUUCCUACUUGUUAGAGAUAGCCAUGGAUGACCCAGCAUCUAUGACCAGCAUCAAUCCGAAUACUCGAGAGUCAUCAUACAACAUGAGUGACGUUGAAGGCCAGCUGCUCUCUGUGUAUGACCCCAGGGUAAUCAAAGACAUUCUCACUGAGCUCUAUGAACACAGGCGACUCAAUGCUGCUCAAAUUCUUUCUCUCAAUGACAAGUGGAAAGUACCCAAAGAGUUAAAACAAGUCCUGGAUCUAGCUUGUUCAGAUAAGCUGAAAGAAUUUGAUCAAAUCUAUGUUUAUCUUCUGAUUGCCAAAGCCAAACACUGCAUUGAACUGAAGAUUUAUGACAGAGCUCUGCAGCUCCUGCCAGUGGCUGAGUCCAUCCUGGCCAAUACAUCCAUAAUGGCCGCCAAGCAUGUCAGGUGGCAAAUGUUGUUUACCCAGCUGCAUCAGUACAAGCUGAAUGACAGGCCACAGAUGAAUGUGCAGGAGCUGGUGGUGCAGUGUAAGCAGUGUCUCACAGCCAUCAGGCUGGGUCAAGAUCUUCAGCCAAGUAGAGAAAUAAUAGAAGAGUGUACAGCUUUUUUAUGUAACUCUGGAGAAUGGCAGUAUCUAUCUGACUGUAGCAACACAGGAAAUGGUUUUGUUGAGUUUUCACAUCUGCUGGGUCUUUUGAUUCGAGAUAUCCAAGAAAAGAAAAAUGUCAGAAAACAAGCCAGGGACUUAUGGGAUGCUGUUUUAGUCAUUUAUCAAGCAGGAAAUGGGAAGCGGCAACAUGAUUCCAGACAACAGUGGGGAAUCCUCUCAAAAAAUGAACUCAACAACUUCAUGCAUAAAAUGAAAGACCAGUGUGCUCUUUCCGUUCUGAUUUCCUUGUUCUGUAAGCUGUACACGCUCCUGUCAUCCAGCGAACUGGUCACUGAUUACAUUUACCUCUGGCCAGCCGCUAUACAGUCAUCUCUAACAGCAGGAGUGGUGGAGGAAAGUUUAAAGAUCCUGCUCUCUUACAGUUUGCUGGUGGAUCCCACACAGCCCUCCUGGUUGCGCAUAAAAGCAGAUCUACAUUUCAUCCAGGACCAGUUUUCUAUGGCUUUGAAAUUCUAUCUGGAGGCGGGGGUUGUUGCGACAGACUUUUUCACCUGCCCCGUUCCCCGUUCAAUAUACGAUGAUGUCGUGUUCCGCCGGAUGAUAAAGUGCUGUUCGUACCUGCAGUGCCACACACAGGUAGCUGUUCUGUGCCAGUUCCUCGAGGAAGUAGACUACAACACCGCCUUCAAGGCCUUGCAUGAGAGAAAUGUCUACGAUGCAAUGGACGCUUACUACUGCUGUAUAUGGGAUGUGAGUAUUCUAGAGUUUCUUGUCCACCUGCACACAAGGAAGGGUGAGGUGGAAAAGCGCCAGACAGCUAUGCAGGCGCUCACGCAAAUGGACCUCAAUUCUAAUAACCCUGAUCAGAUACAAAGGCGAGCUGUGCAUAUUAGAAAAACUAAAUUUUUACGAGCUUUGGCCAAACAGUAUUUAGGAUAAUCAAUUCAAAGGGCUAUAAAAAAAAUCUUAAAUUUUAUUGUAAAAAUAUUUCCACACCUGAGGAGUAUUUUACACCUAGCAUUUGUUUAUAAUUGAGAAAUGUAUUGUGUUCUUAGACACAGCCAUCAAUGAUUGUUAAUUUCACCUUGUUUUUUUUGUAUUAUUGUUUUAAAAUGAAAAUAAA